AUGCAGUGCUUCUACUGCAAGAACGGCUACACGUCCCGUUGUGUUCGUAGCAAGUUAUUUGGCUGCGGCGCCUUGGACGGUGGACAAGCCGAGUACGUCCGUAUCCCUGAUGCUGACGGAACCGCCAUGAAGGCCCCAAGCACCAUCUCAGACAACGCUCUGGUGCUCAUGGCAGACAUUUGGCCAACCGGCUUCUUUGGCGCCAAGUCUGGAUUCAGCUUACUCAAUGAGGAGGAGAGGUCCAGCGCCACCGCGGUUGUUAUCGGAUGCGGGCCUGUCGGCCUUUGUGCCGUAGUUUCAGCACUCGAGUACCGUCCCAAGCACCUCUUUGCCAUUGACAGUGUAGAUAGUCGCCUGGAGCUUGCCAGGGGCCUUGGCGCGGAGCCCUUGAACUUCAAGACGGACCGUGCUGGCAUGGAGAGGCGGAUCAAAGAGGUAACCGAAGGUCGCGGGGCCGACGUUGUGAUUGAGGUUGUUGGCCUGAGUCCCGCCCUCAGAACUGCGUUUGAUAUUGUCAGGCCAUGGGGCGUCAUUGCCAGCAUUGGGGUCCAUAACGGCGAGCAUUGA